AUGGGCAGCUUUGAAUGCUAUCUGGGGGAUACGGUGCUGCUGAAAGCUGAAGGCUCUAACGAAGCCUGGGUCGGCAUAAUACGCGAAUUCCAGGCCGACGAGGAGGGCGAGAAAGCAGCAAACUUCAUGUGGUUUUCGUCGGCCCAGGAGAUCCGCAACCCCAAAAAGAAGAGGACCGACUUUCUCGAGAAUGAGCUAUAUAUUACCCCUGCCUUCGAUGUCAACUCGCUGGCCACCCUCAACGGCAAGGCCCAUAUCCUCUCCGAAGCCGCAUACAUGGCCAAGUACCCGACCGGCAAGGUUCCGCGCAAGUCGAGCGAGUUUGGCAAAGUGUUUAUCUGUCGCAGGGGAUGCAACACACGGACGGGCACCUAUACAGACGAAUUCGUAUGGGAGGAUAUCUACCGUGGGCGAGAGGAUAUGGAGACAUUGCAGGAUAUGGUCUUGAAGAACACCAAAGCCACCCGGAAGCGAAGACAAGCGAAGGAGGAACCGACCGACAAGGAUUACAAGCACGAUGCAGCGGACGAUGAAGAGGGCGACUAUGCCCCGGGGACACCGCGCACCCCAAAGAGAGCCCGAACCCGCGACGCUGUCACGCCCAGCAGCAAACGCAAACCCGGCAGCAAGCCCGCGACUCCCUCUUCACACCGACGCAUCCUCGUCAAAAAGCACCUCGAGUUUACCCCCCUCGCAACCCGCGUCCUCUCUCCGCACCACAUUCACGCUUCCCCCUACCAACUGGCUCGCACCCAACUCCACGUCGCAUCGGUCCCGACCAGCCUUCCCUGCCGCGAAGCGGAAUUCAGUCUCGUUUAUUCGCAUCUCGAAGCGGCCAUCACCGACGGCUCCGGCACCUGCAUCUACAUUUCGGGGACGCCAGGCACGGGGAAAACGGCAACAGUGCGCGAGGUGGUCAGCCACCUAGACGCGGCGGUGCGGGCAGACGAGCUAGACGACUUCAUCUUCGUGGAGAUCAACGGCAUGAAGAUCACCGAUCCGCACCAGUCAUACUCCCUCCUCUGGGAGGCGCUCAAGGGCCAGCGGGUCAGCCCGGCGCAGGCGCUGGACCUGCUGGAGCGCGAGUUCAGUCACCCGUCGCCGCGGCGCGUACCCUGCGUGGUGCUGAUGGACGAGCUCGACCAGCUGGUCACCAAGAACCAGGGUGUCAUGUACAACUUCUUCAACUGGCCCGGCCUGCGCCACAGCCGCCUCAUCGUCCUGGCCGUCGCCAACACCAUGGACCUGCCCGAGCGCACCCUCAGCAACAAGAUCAGCUCGCGCCUCGGGCUAACCCGCAUCACCUUCCCGGGGUACAACCACGAACAACUCAUGCGCAUCGUGCAGAGCCGCCUGGAGGGCGUGCCGGGGGACAUCGUAGACGGGGACGCGGUGCAGUUCGCCGCGCGCAAGGUGGCGGCCGUGAGCGGCGACGCUAGACGGGCGUUGGAUAUCUGCCGGCGGGCGGUUGAGCUCGCCGAGGCGGACGCGAAAGCGAGGGACGGCGAUGGCGGCGAUGGCGAUACCGGGGCGCCAGACACACCAAGCAAGAAGGCGGGCCGCAAGGCCAAGGCCGACGAGACGCCCAAGAAGAAAAGAGCCGCCGCCGCCGCCGGGCGCGUCACAAUCGAGACGGUGCGCCGCGCUAUCAGCGAGGCCACCAGCAACCCGCUGCAGCAGUACCUACGCUCGCUGCCCUUCGCGUCGCGGCUGCUGCUGGCGGCGCUGCUGAUGCGCACGCAGCGCACGGGGCUGGCCGAGAGCACCUUCGGGGACGUGCUCGAGGAGAUGCAGCGCACGCUCAAGCUGGCCGGGGAGAGCCGGCCGUUGAUGUUGCUGGACCGGAAGGCGGCCGAGAUCACUAAUGCCAACGCCGGCGGGGCAAACUCGGGCCUGAUGAUGACCGGGCCGAUCCGCGCCAAAAACAGCUCCCAGCUGGUGCGGCCCGCCGGGCUCAGCGCUGCUGCCGUGGAUCUCACGGGGGCGGGCAUCAUUAACUUGGAGGCGCACAAGGCUGAGCGACCGAGCAAGAUGCGUCUUGCGGUUGGGGAUGAGGAGGUCAGGCUGGCGUUCCGGGAUGACCCCGAGAUCAAAGGGCUUGGUGUGAUGUUGUAG